CCUAACGCAUGACAUCCCCCAUGACCUCAGAGUAACCAAAAAGGAGAUGACGUCAACGCUGGAGAAGGUGCUUCCCGACCUCCUCGCCAAGACGUCAGACAACGCCACCAGAACGCAGAGUCUCGCCACGACAGCAGUUCUGGAGGUCCUGAGCCUUUCGCUGGAGAGGGGUUUGGGCGGCGUGGGCGUGGAGGUGACCCGCCCACUCACCAACACCGUGCAUCCUCGCGGAGCUCUCUGUCGGGCCAACAUCGUGGAGACUCAGCUGAACACCCUCGGCCCGACGGCACUUCCGAAGGACAAGGAGAGUGGGUUCACGCCGCGCCACGUGGUAGAGUUCGGACACUCGGCCUUCAAACACCAGAAUAACGAAGUGCGCAAGGUGGGCGAGCGUCUCCUGCUGGCGCUGUACCCCCACUUCCCGUCCACCGUCAGGAAGGCCCUGCCGCUCCAGGAUGACUUGGCGAGGAAGAACGUGCUCUACAGGAACCUCUUCGAGCAGCUGGAGGCGUUGGACGAGAAGCGCGAGGCAGCCGCUGCCUCCUCCUCCCGCGUCCGCCCGUCGCCGUCUCAGUCUCACGCCCCCCCGCACUCAGGAGCCUCCGCCGGUGCCUCCUCCAGCUCCACGCCCAACCACACCAGCACGCCGAGCAGCAGCAGCGGGGUCAGCACGGGCAGCAGCGCCAGCAGCGUCGGCAGCACUGGUUACCCUCCGGUGCCGCAGAUCAGCAUCACCCCCGACGAGGCCGAGGUCCGAGGACGAGCUCUCUCGAGACUCAACCGCUCGAGGUCCGACUUGAGGGUCAUGGAGGACGAGCCUUCGCCUGGAGACUCCGAGGACAAGACCUGCAUCUUCUGCGGCGCCUACGAUGAGUCCUUUAGCGACAACGGCCUCGACAUGCACUACUGGCGAGCCUGUCCGAUGCUCACGCGAUGCCACUACUGUCGUCAGGUUGUCGAGGUCGCUUCCCUCACACAGCAUCUUCUUGGCGAGUGCGUGGCUUCAACGCAGUACAGAAGGUGCGAUCGGUGUUCAGAAGCUAUCCCGAAGAAAGUUUUCUACGACCACGCUGCCUCCAAGUCGUGUACACCUUGCAAACCUGAACCAAUUGCAAACCACUGUCCCCUGUGUCACGAGAACAUACCCCCCUGGGACGAAGGCUGGCGAGUACACCUCAUGCCCGGACCUGACUGUUGUCCUGCUAAUUCUAGGGCACGACCUCAUGCCUCGAAGAACAAGACGCCGAGCGAGAAGAGUCCUUCGGUGUCUCCCGCAGGAGCCUCUGGGAGCGGCGAGGAGGGAGCGGCGGGAGUGGGCGGAGCCUCUGCUACGGGAGGGAGGAGUAGAAUACCCAGCUCGUCCACUCCAGGUACUCCGAGAAAGGACACCCUCAAGAGAAGACGAUAGAGGACGCGAGGGACACCACCAAGGA